UCCAAAUCACUUCCGUACAGGUCCAAAUUACCCGAACCAUGACCCUUCACUUCCUCAACUGACACUCGUUCUUCUUUCCAAUUCCUACCAAACUCAUCUCUCUCCUGAUCAUCGCCGUCAAUCAUCACUUUCGUUCCCAAUCCCUCACAGUCGUUUUUGUCCGAAACCACCAACAUCCCUCGUUCCAGGUUCCUCCCAUUCCCAUUUAGGGUUGCCCCCGCGAUCUCCACUAUCCUUCACAAACCCUCGGACGAAAACUGGGGUAUUUACCUGACAGGGCCUCUGUUUAUCGCAAAUCCGUAGAUCACGAAUUUCGAGAUACAGGUAUCUGUAUCCUCCCAGAUCUCUUUCGAAAGGUGGUGUUGGAGUUAUCCCUUUGUCGUUUUACCGGCUCGAGUUUCCAUUUUCGUUGUCAAUAUCACUCACUGCAGAUGGAACCUUAAAUCUCGACUUCAGUUACAACUACCAACAAUCACUUGACUUCAACGAAGGAAAUGGACUGCGCGACAAAAUUCUUCAUAUAGAUUAAUGGUCUAUGAAUCCAAGUUGUAACUAUGCCACCACUUCAGAAAAGAAAUCCCGCGCUGGCUCCUGCUACUGCAGAGGGAGAUAUGAGCGAGGUUGGACGAACCGAAAAUCGCAUUUCCACGCUUUCUUCAGAACAAAACCCAUUUGAUUCACGAGUCAAUACUCCCAUUCCCAAUACACCCAGUCCCGAUGCUUCGCGGCGAAAUAGUGCGAACGGAAUGGAGCAGGUCGGUCCAAAUCCCUCUCAAUUAGGGAAACAAAUAUCCGCCGCCAGUCUCAAUCGAAGAUCUUCAUAUAUGCCAAUAGUUCCAUCGCCAUUGAAUCCAUCGUCCUCAUUAAGUUCGGUUGAAAGCAGUGUGGUAAAUGCUGGUAACACGGGUGGAGUUUCACCUCGAGACUCAUCAUCUUCGGGGGAAGACCCGAGUCCCCAACUCGCGGGAGAUUCUUCUGUUGACAAGGGAAAGAGAAAGGUUGCAGCUCUGAGUUCAGCACAGAUGAUAUUGCGACAGAAAUCUGCGAUUGCCUUACAGCCAGGAGAAACUAUAGCAAGGCCAGAAACACCAAGAAGGUUAGGUGACUUGGGUCACGAUUAUUCACGAUAUCCCGCAUCAAGAUCAAGUACCAACUUGAGUUCAACACCCACAAGCAAUAGAGUUCUCGCAGCGACAGCAGCAACCUCCCAGGUCUCUUUACUUCGAACAUCAACCAAUAAUCCUUUCAACGAUUCACAAGCAGAUUUAGAGAAAUGGGGUUAUCCAGAUGAUAGUAUCGGUGCUUUUGAUCCUUACUAUGGUGGAGAGAAAGGAUUUAUAUUAUACGCGAACGAAAUCGAGGCCGACGAUAAGCUCCACAUGCCAGCGGAUGACGAUGAUAAAGUAUAUAGAACGACGUGGAAGGAUUUCUUUGGUCCUCGAAAUAUCGCUAGUACCAUAGGGGCCGUUUUUCUCAUCCUUGGUCUUCUCGCGAUUUUCAUACUCUUGCCGCUCCUCACAUAUUCUACAAGGAUUUUUGGAACCGCUCCGAGUACUGAAGUUGAUACUGGUCCUGCAUGGGCCCACGUCAAUAAUCGCACAUAUCCCGCUAUGAAAAAUAUUCGAAGGGGACUGAUCGAUCCAGAUACCCCAGAAGAUGUCAAAACCCGAAAGAGCCAAUUUGAUGAUACAGACUUGCACUUGGUAUUCAGUGACGAGUUUAAUGAGCCCAACCGAACAUUCUACCCAGGAGAUGACCCAUAUUGGACGGGAGCCGACAUUUGGUAUGGAGCUACUCAGGACUUUGAGUGGUAUGACCCAGACGCAAUUACAACUGGUGGUGGAACGUUACAAUUGAGACUGGAUGCUUUUCCAAAUCACGGUCUCCAAUACCGGUCAGGAAUGCUGAACAGCUGGAAUCAACUGUGCUUUAAAGGAGGAGUCUUUGAAGUUGGAGUCUCAUUAGCCGGUCCAGCAGGAGUACCCGGUCUUUGGCCUGGUGUUUGGUCCAUGGGAAAUUUGGGUCGACCAGGUUACAAGGCCACCACGGAUGGAGUGUGGCCUUACACUUAUAAUGAAUGUGAUGCGGGUAUCACACCAAAUCAAUCCGAUUCAAGUGGCCUUUCCUUUCUCCCGGGUCAAAAACUUGCCUCUUGUACAUGCAAAGGGUCGGAUCAUCCCAAUCCAGGUGUUGGUAGAGGAGCUCCUGAGCUGGAUAUUCUUGAAGGCUCAGUCGACCCCAAUAACAGAAUUGGAGUUGUCACACAGAGUUUGCAAGUUGCUCCGUUCGAUGUCUUUUAUCGACCCAACGAAAACUUUAUGGCAAUCCCGGACUAUGAAACUACGAACAUGAACGGAUAUUGUGGAGGACCAUAUCAACAAGCUGUCAGUGGCACAACACUUCUCAACAAUGAGUGGUACGACGGCUUAGCAUACCAGAAGUAUGCAUAUGAAUACGAGCCUGGUACCAAAGAUGGCAAAAUCGCGUGGUUCGUUGGUGAAAACCCAUCAUUUAUUGUGGAUGGAAGAGCUAUUGGUCAAAAUGGCAAUGUUGGACCACGACAAGUGCCCGAGGAGCCGAUGUCAAUGGUGUUGAAUCUUGGGUAUAGUGCUUCGUGGACUGGGAUCGACGCGGCUAACUUGCGGUUCCCAACGGUGAUGCAUGUCGACUAUGUCCGAAUAUACCAGAAGAAGGGGCAAGAGAGUAUAACUUGUGAUCCUCCAGGAUACCCUACCACAGAGUAUAUCAAGAACCAUCCGAUCGCAUAUCAGAACCCGAAUCUUACUGUAUGUUUCCCCCCUUUCCUCUUUACCACAACCAUAGCUAAUGAUCGAUAUAGCGCUGGGACGACACAGGUUAUCCGUGGCCGAAAAACACGUUGACGGGUUGUUAGGAGGGUUAUAUAAUGGGAAUGAGACUUGCGAAAAAGGUGUUGCAUAUAAUUACAUUUUGUCACUCACAUACGACAUACUAGACUUCUUUGAGGUUUUGAAGCGAAGCGAGCGAAUGAGCGAAUGAACACCAUUAGAGAGAAAUGGCGGCGUUAUUUUGGAAUGGGUCUGUUUGAAGCUUGAAUUUUGAACUUCAAGGUUAUUAUGAGGAGUUCCGGGGACUGGGGACUGGGGACUGAUAUUUUUGAUGAGAUAUUGCACGUAUACGAAUGGGAUGGAUGGCGUUAGGAAGGGGUAGGGUGGGAAGGAAUCGGCUUUUCCUUUUUCCUUUUUGAGGGAACAUGAUGACGGAACGUUGACUGUCAUUUGAGAACUGGGGAUGCGAUAUGAUAUGAACGGAACCCUGGUAUUUUGGGGGAAUAGUCGAGAACAAUGAUGGACAGGAAUCUUGCCAGGGGACUCUCUGAAACUCAAGGGUGUUAGUUAUACUGCCUAUUGGCGGGAUGAAGCGCCGGUGUGGAUGAAUUCUUUGUGUUGUACAUAGAUGGAGGGAUGUGUCGCAAUGGACAGACAGAUAAGAGAAACAGCGGAAGAAUUAAGCUGAGCUGGGCUGAGCUUUAGCGCUGCAGGACUUUGACUAGCGUGGCUGAAUAAUAGAUAUAAUCCGAG